CCAACCCCGCCACCACCAACAUCCACCUCCACCACCACUACGCCAAAAAUGAAGAAAUACCUCGAAAUCGCCUGCUUCAACGCCCCCUCCGCUCUCAUCGCCGCCAGCGCGGGGGCAGACCGAAUUGAGCUCUGUGCGGACCGUUCGGUGGGGGGCACGACCCCGCUGCUCGCUGAUCUAGAGGCGAUCAAGGCGGAGGUUAAGAUUCCUGUUAUGGUUAUGAUUCGCCCGCGCGGAGGGGAUUUUAUUUAUAGUAACGAGGAGUUUACGCAGAUGGAGGAGGAUAUAGGGAGGUUUAGGGAGUUGGCUGAUGGAUUUGUCUUCGGGAUCUUGAAAGACGAAGAGGGGGUGACGGUGGUGGACAAGCAGAGGAAUUCGGAGUUGGUGGAGUUGGCGAGGCCCCUGCCGUGUACAUUCCAUCGCGCGGUCGACGCGACGUCUGAUUACCACGCCGCGAUCCGCGAGGUAGCAGCCUGUGGGUUCAAGGCGGUGUUGACGUCUGGGGGGAUCGAGGGGGAUGUGGUGGGGGGUUAUGGGAAUUUGCCUGAUUUUGGGGAAGGGGAGCUGGUGAUUAUGCCGGGGGGAGGAGUGAGGAGGGAGGUGCUGGAGGUGCUGGUGAGGGAGACAAGGUGUAGGUGGUUUCAUUCGUCGGGGAUUGUGGGGGAGGGGGAGGUGGUGAGCGGGGAGGAGGUUGGGGGGAUGAAGGAGGUUUUGGGGAGGUGA